AUGGCAGACGACAAGCUGCGGGCAUAUGGGCUACGGCCUGAGUCGCGAGUGCUCAUCAUCAUGACCGGAGGCACCAUCUGCAUGCGCCCUUCGCCAUCAGGAUUUAUACCAGCUCGGGGUUUCCGGGAGGCUGCCCUGGAGCCAUCGCCGGUCUUCAACGACGGCUCAGAGCCAGGCGAGCUCGACGUCGUGGUGAAUGCAUCGGGGGAGCGGGUCAGCCACCGCAGCCUGCGGACGCCCCUGAGCACUUACAACGCCCGUGUACGCUAUGCGGUCUACGAGUUCGAAGAGCUGCUCGACAGCAGCUCGAUCGACGCCAAAGGCUGGGCCCAGAUCGCAAGGGCGAUAUCCUGGAACUACACGAUCUUCGACGCCUUCGUGGUGCUGCAUGGGACGGACAGUCUGGCGUACACCUGCUCUGCGCUCAGCUUCAUGCUGCAGAACCUGGGCAAGCCGGUGAUCCUGACGGGCAGCCAGACGCCGAUGCUGCAGCUCCAGAAUGAUGCGGUGGAUAACCUGCUGGGAUCGCUGGUGAUAGCGGGCCAUUUCAUGAUCCCCGAGGUCUGCCUGUACUUUGACGGCAAGCUGUUUCGAGGCAAUCGGACGACCAAGGUGGCCGCCAGCGACUUUGCUGCGUUUGCGUCUCCGAAUGCGCCGCCGCUGGCUACGACGUCCUCGAUGAAGACGGACGUGGCGUGGGACCUGGUGAAGAAGCCGACGAGCAUCCAGCAUUUCAGGAUCCGGACGAACCUGGAUACGACGCAUGUGGCUUGUCUGCGCAUCUUCCCCGGCAUACAGCCUGAGAUGGUGGACUCUGUCCUGCGCCUGCCCGGCUUGCGAGGGCUGGUGCUGGAGACCUUUGGUGCAGGCAACGCUCCCAGCGGACAGGACAAUCGCAUGACCAAGGUGCUUGCCGAUGCCAUCAAACGGGGGAUUGUCAUCGUCAACGUCACCCAAUGCCUGUCCGGAAGCGUGUCUCCGGUGUAUGCUACUGGUAUGACACUCUCUCGAGCCGGCGUCGUUGCUGGCGGCGACAUGACGACGGAGGCAGCCCUGACCAAACUGGCCUACCUGCUGGCCAUGCACGACGCUACACCCGAGUCCGUGGCCAGAGAUAUGUCUAUAUCCCUACGGGGAGAGCUAUCAGACCGCCACGACCCUCUCUUCCGACACCCAGACGGCACCCUACCCGACAGAGUCAAGAACCUGACCGCGCUCGGCUACGCCAUCUCCCACGGCGACCUCGGCCAGGUCACUGAUAUCAUGCGCGGAGGCCAGGAAUGGCUCCUCAACGACCGGGACUACUCUGGCAACACCCCAUUGCAUCUGUCUGCCACGUCUCCUGACAUAUCUAUCCUCCGUUACUUUCUCCUGCACGGCAGCUCAGUGCAUAUCCGAAACAACUCGGGCAAGACGCCUCUCUUUCUCGCGGCCAACGCCGGCCUGGUCGACCAUGUAGAGCUACUUCGCCGCUCCGGAGCCCAUCUGCACGCUGACGAGCUUACGGUGGCCGAACUCCACGCCAAACGGCGACCAGACAUCUGGGCCCUGGCCGGCGUAGACGUCCAGUGUUCGAGCAAGCAGAGCGGCGACCUGGCAGAGAAGCUCAAGGCCGAAGCUGAGAGCAGACAGAGCUCAGGGACUACGACUCCAGAGGUCACUCUUCCACUGCCCAACGGUCACUGA